UUCCUUCGAAUACACUCAGAAAUUUAACCUAAUGAUGUAUAAUCUAAUCGGUGAGGGUAAAUACAAAUACAAGCUAGAAGCUCAAAAUAAUUCUAAUGAUGAAAAAUCUCAAAAUAUGAUUAUUUUACCACAUACAAUUUUAAAUUUUAUGCGACCAAAAACGCCUGAAGAAAUAAAAAUUGAAAAUAUGAUGACUGGGUGCCCAGCCAAAACUGUUAUCAGUUUUGUUAUGGGUGGUGUGAUAGGUGGAGUAUUUGGCCUUUUCACCUCUGCUGUAGAUCCAAAUUUAAAUUCAAAUUAUUACAAUACCACUAGUAUAAAUGUGACUGCUAAAGAAGUUUUGAAAGAUAUGUAUAGCAGGAGUAAAUCCUAUGCAAAAAAUUUUGCAAUAUUGGGAGCCAUGUUUUCAUCAACUGAAUGCCUUAUUGAGUCUUACAGGGGGAAAACUGACUGGAAGAAUGCAACACUCUCUGGUGGCAUCACUGGCGGAAUCUUAGGGAUGAGAGCAGGAUAUAAAGCUGGUUUACUAGGGGCAUUAGGCUUUGGAGCAUUUUCCACAUUAAUCGAAUAUUUUUUGAGAUGACAUUUAUAUAUCGUAUCGUUUAUGAUAUUAUUCACCAUAUUUAUUUAUUAAAAAAAUAUUUUUUAAAAAAGAUAUAUAUUUACACGUGUAAUAAAAC